AUGGAUGCAACUAAUGAAUCAGAUUUAUCCGACGAAGAAGUGGCAACCGAUGAUGAGGAAGAUCAUAAUAUCCAAGAACAGACAAGUGAGGAUGAAGAUUUGGUUGAAAAUUUCCAGAAGUACUAUGAUUUGUCUAAUUCAACACCGCUACAUCCAUUGAGUCCAUUAUCAACACGUGAAGGAUGUAACCUGAUUAUGAAACUCAGUCAUGAUAUAAAUCUCGAUAAGUCUCAUCUGCAACUACUAUUAAAUUCAUUUCAUUUACUUCUAUCUGCUCAAAAUAAUUUGCCAAAAAUAGUGAAACAGCUAUUUUUGAUCACCGAUAAUAGUACAAAACUACCAUCUGUUUCAUAUUAUUGUAAAUUAUGUCUCACACAACUGCUCUCUCCAACAAAUCAU